AUGACCGGCGCCGCCCGCACCCACGAGCUCCGCAAAUAUUCGGAAAACGGACAGCUCCCGCUCGCCAACGCCGCAUGUGAGCACCCGCUGGGCUGGCAUCCCGCCCUCCAACUCCAGUCGCCGCUAUGCGCCGCCCUGGCGGCCUUCACCGAGCUUGUCGUUGCGCGCCUUGGAGUCUUCGCCGCCUUCGCGAGCCUGACCGACGGCCGCACCCAGCGCGUGCUGGCCGGGACCUGGGGACAGACAGAAGGACACAGCCGGGACGAUGCGCCUCUGAGAUGGCUGCAGACCUGUGACGCCGACCAGCACGUCUGGCUGUCGCUGGCCCGCCGCGCCCUCGGCCUCGACACCCACCCACGCGACCGCGCCUUCCCGGGCGGCGGCAUCGCCGUCCAGCUCGAUGCCGAUCGCCGCGCAGCCAAUCUCAGCUGCGUCGUGCGCCCUCCGCACCUCAGAUACUAUGCCGCCGUCCCCAUCCGCUCCCGCCGUGGAAUCUGCAUCGGCACCAUCUUCGUCCUCGCCCGCGAGCCCCGCUUCGAUUCCUUCGACGACGAUCUGGCCUUCCUGUCCUCCAUUGCCGCCAAGUGCAUGACCCAACUCGAAACAGCCCGGGAAAGCUACCUGAAGAGCCGCAUCACCAGGAUCAAUGAUGGCGUGUGCUCCUUCAUUCACUCCAGAGAUGCCGGCCCCGACGAGCCUUCGACCGCCGCCCCGCCCGCUUGCAAUGCCGCCGCAGAACAAGCUCCCACGACGCAAUCGGUGCCCGCCGCCCCUCAAACCCCUUCGGCCAAUGACACGAAACCCGAUGCCGGAGAUGGCUCUGGUGCUGGCCCCGGGAGGACAACCUACAAAGAAGCGUUCGCCCGAGCAGCCGCACACUUGAGGGCUGCACUCGACGUCGAUGGCGUCUUGUUCGUUGAUGGUUUAAUUGGCUUCAAUGGGGCUCUGACGCCAUUGGCAAAGCGUGAACAGGAACUCGAAGACGAGAUGAAUCAAAAGUCCGGCCGGAAGGAUCCGUCAAAAGAGGAUCCACAGUGGACACCAACCCCGGAGAACUCGGGUGUCGAUUCGCCAGACGACACACACACUCCGGAUGAUGGCUCCGGGCCUGCGGAGAGAACCUUCACCAGUGCCGACUUCCAGAAAUCCACCCUUGUAAGGCGGCCGGGCGAGAUCCUUGCCAUCUCUGUGCCCAAUCCGCAGGCGAGACCUCGAUUAAAGAACCUUUCCCUCAACCCUUCUGACAGGGAUUGCCUCGACGAACGUUUCCUACGAAAGUUCCUUGCAAGAUAUCCUUCCGGUAAGAUCUGGUAUUUCGAUGAGGAUGGCGCUCCCUACACGUUUUCUGACGGGGAGACUCUCGUGCCUGAUGAUCCGCGUGGUGAGGCGAACCAAUUUGCUGCUGCUUUCCGGGGCAUUCGACAACUCAUUUUUGCCCCCUUGACGGAUCCAGUGACGCUCAAACGCUUGGCUGGAUGUUAUGCGUGGACAACUCGAGUCCAUCCUGUCUUUACCGAGACUGCAGAUCUUGGCGCAUUCAAGGGCUUUCUGCACUCUGUUGAAGCUGAGGUGUCCAGGAUUGAUACCGUAGCAGCAAUCAAACAGCAAGAGUCGUUCGUUUCGUCCGUCAGUCACGAAUUACGUACACCUCUGCAUGGCAUACUCGGCGCUGUUGAAUUUCUUGGAGAGACAAAGCUUGACAGCUUCCAACAAGGCUUGGCUGAAAGCAUUCGUUCGUGCGGUUCGACUUUACAUGACACCCUCAGCAGUGUCCUCUCAUACUCGAAGAUUAAUCAGUUUGAGCGAAGGCGGCACAAGUCCAAACACAAGAUCUCCGAGGAGAUCAAAGAUGCCGUUGAGGAGCCCGACCAUGACCUGCAUGGCCUGCUCACUUCUGCCAACAUUGCUACUCUCUGCGAGGAGGUUGUUGAGGUUACUGCUGGUGGUCACACCUUUAACAAGCCGACUUCAACCGACGAUCUUACAAUCACCAUAGACGUCAAAUUCCAAGACAAUUGGAACUUCUUGACUGAGCCUGGUGCCCUCCGACGUAUCAUGACCAACAUUCUCGGUAAUGCGCUGAAAUAUACAGAGAAGGGUUUUGUCAAAGUCGGCUUGGACAUUGAAGACAUGAGCAGCGAACCAGCUUCCAAGAGCAAGCCAGGCCCCAAACUCAAGCUUAUCAAGUUUUCCGUGGCUGACUCAGGGAAGGGCAUGUCAAAAGAGUUCCUUGAAAAACACUUGAGUGUGCCCUUUACCCAAGAAGAUACAAUGGCGUCUCAGGGAGUGGGUCUAGGCAUGUCAAUCGUCAAGAGUCUUGUUGCGAUGCUGGGUGGGAAUAUAAGGGUUCAGAGUCAGCUAGGAAAGGGCAGCACAUUCACUGUCAGUAUUCCUAUGGCGGCGGGGGAUCCCAAGAUUCCUUCUCCCGCGACGGUUGCUCUCGAUAAGGCGGUGCCCGAAUUACGUCAAAGAAACCUCAAUGUUGCCAUUCGCGGCUUCCCUCACACCCUCCAAGAAUCCUUCGAAGAUUACUUACGCAAUUGGUUCAAUUGUAAUAUUCUCGCGGCCGAAGACAACGCUCAACCCGACGUCCUCGUCGUGGACCAGGCUGCCCGGACUUUGUCACAGGACAUCCGCUCCCGGUAUCAACCCAACAGCCUUGCUCUACUUAAUGUUUCAAUCUCCCCCUCUUUGCGGCGGCGGUCAGACAGCCUCGACUGGGGCUUCCGAUCCCGCCAGACCAUAUCGCGCCCUAUCGGUCCUCACAAGCUUUCCAAAGCACUUCUCGCAUGCGCGGAAAGCUUGGCGGAGGAAUGCUCCAGCCCCGAGCUACCACGUCCGGUCACCCAGCGACUUGAGACCAACCAGUCCCAUCCCUCCCGCAUGGAUGUCGACCCCACUGUCUCUCCCCGGAGUAAAGCCUUGGCACGCGCCGCCGACCCUAUCCAGUCCCUUGAAGACCUUCCUUCGCCGACUAAACGAGCGCGCCACUACCCUCCCGAUGCAUCUUCUCCGCCAGAUCUACCGACGUACCCAUUCAGAGCGCCAUCUCCCUAUCAGCACCCUCCACAUGAUUCACAUCAGUCGCCAAUAUCCCCGACAGCUCCUGCUGCAGCCUUAGCGCUGGAACGAUCCCUUCUCUCGCUUGGUUCACCUGUCCAAUCUGAGUCAACUCCCCGCCUCUUGCUUGUCGAGGAUAACGCCGUCAACCUUAGACUGCUCCAAACGUUCAUGUUGAAAAAGGGCAUCACGGAUGCUGCAACUGCAGAGAACGGGAAGGUUGCAGUAGAACAAGUAGCGAAAGUAGCAGAAGCGGGCGGUGGGUUCGAUAUCAUCUUCAUGGACAUUUCCAUGCCCAUAAUGGACGGUUUCGAAGCCACUCGCGCGAUUCGCGCGAUUGAACGCCGACAACGUAUCACUGCCUCCGCACCGCCGCCCGCACCACCGCCGCACCCGCCGCAACUGUCCCACAGCGUCUCCACGCCCUCAGAAUCCGAGUCCACGACGCCGUACACGACCCCUUCCACUGGCCAGGAUUCCCACCAGCAUCGACGACGUUCCUCCCAGGCUUUCGUCGUGGCCCUCACAGGCCUGGCCUCGACAAAAGACGAAGACAAGGCUUACAAUUGCGGCGUGGACCUCGUCAUUACGAAACCAGUCAAGUUCGGGAAAUUGACGGAGCUGUUCGAGAAGUGGGAGAAGGGAGAAUUGAAAGGUGGCAGUGGUGGAGGUCUUGUGGAUGACUUAGUGGAGGAAGAGAGCGAGGGAGGGAUGGGAGUCGAAUGA